AUGCCUAGAUCCGGCGACUUUCAAGUAAUCUACCAGCAAAUCCUGCGGCAGAAUCAAGCGAUGGCGGAGCAAAACACCCGGCUGAUGGAGAUGAUUGAACGUUUCGGCAAUCAAGAAAACGUUUCCAAUCGGUUGGCGGGCAGCCCGGAGUUCAUCAUCGAAUCUCUGGCAUCGAACAUCCGGGAAUUCGUUUGCGAUCCAGAAAAUGGGCUCGUGUUCGGCCGGUGGUACCGAAAGUACGAAGACCUUUUCCUAAAGGAUGGAGCAAAUUUGGACGAAGCGGCAAAAGUGCGGUUGCUGUUGAGAAGCCUCAGCGUGACGGUACACGACAAGUAUGUCAACUUCGUGCUCCCAAAGCACCUCCUAACGAAGCGCGACGCGGACGACUUUCUAACGUACGCUGGGAUGGUCAACCGAUGCUGUGAAGACUUCGAGCUCAGCAAGAUCACGACGGACCAAUUCAAGAGUCUGAUUUUCACAUGUGGGCUCCGAUCGUCGAAGGACGCUGACAUCCGAACGAGACUCCUAUCCAAGCUUGAGGCUAACGCGGCGGAUGAAAGCACUCUGGAAUCACUCAUCACGGAGUGCCAACGUCUGCAAAACCUCAAGCACGACACGGUCAUGAUGGAACACAAGAAAUCGAGAAGAAGAAGACUAAGUCCGAAGGUCCAAAAAACACCCUGCUACGUCCGGGACUGCACCUACACGAAGCACGUUUGUCGGGACUGCAAGCAAACCGGCCACAAAGAAGGGUUUUUUGGCAGCUACACAUCGAAGGCGGCACUCAAGAAGAAGAAGCACGUGAACGGAAUUUUCUCCAUCAACCAGGUCAGCUGCACUUCUAGACGGAAGUUCCUAACGGUGGAUAUCAACGGGUCUCAAGUCACUCUGCAGUUGGACACCGCGUCCGACAUCACCAUCGUUUCGAAGAAGCAGUGGAAGAAGAACCUGGGCUCGCCAACGCUGACUCCCACAACACGGACUGCCCGGACUGCGGCGGGUGACGCUUUUCAUCUACUUGGUGAACUCCGAUACCCAAUCAAACUCGAAGGUGUCACCAAAACCGCAACUUUCUACGUGACCAACAACAGCAUUACCCUGUUCGAUCUGGACUGGAUCGAGCUGUUCAAGCUGUGGGACACCCCGCUAUAUGCAAUCUGCAACCAGGUCCACGUUGCCGAUGGUCAAGUCAAUCAAAUCCAAGUGUACAAAGCUGCGUAUCCCGAAGUGUACAAGAAUGGCCUCGAACACUGCAAGAAGAUGAAGGUCCGACUCUAUCUCAAGCCCGAUGCCAAACCCGUUUGCAAGCCGAAAUGCCCAGUUCCUUUCACGUCCAUGGAGAAGAUCGAUGCGGAGCUGGACCGACUUCAAUCGCUGGGCAUCAUCACCCCUGUCGAUUUCUCGCAGUGGGCGGCUCCGAUCGUCGUAGUGAAGAAGCCCGGAAGAAAAGUACGAAUCUGUGCCAAUUACUCAACUGGACAGAACGCUGCCCUGGAGCCCAAUCAUUACCCGCUACCGGUCCCUGAUGACAUAUUUACUAAGCUUAAUGGGUGCCGGUAUUUCAGCGUCAUCGACCUGAGUGACGCCUAUCUUCAAGUGAAAGUUGACGACGACUCGAAGCAGCUGCUCAGCCGCUCCAGGGGCCUUCCAGCAGUUGAUGAACAGAAUGGUUGUCGAUCUCGAAGGAGUGGACACGUUUCUGGACGACAUCUUCGUGGCCAGCAAAACCGAAGAGGAGCAUCACAAGAUGCUCAACGCACUGUUUCAACGCCUUUCAACGUCUACGGUUUCGUUCUGAGGGAAGAAAAGUGCCACAUGCUGCAGCCGGAGGUAAAGUAUUUGGCGCACAUCGUAGACGAGAACGGUCUCCAUCCAGACCCAUCCAAGUUGGAAGCCAUUGUCAAGAUGCCACCGCCCAAAAAUGUCACAACUCUACGCUCGUUCCUUGGUGCGGUGAAUUUCUACGCGAAGUUUGUCCCGGAGAUGCACCAACUGUGGCGGACACUCGACGCGCUGCUGAAGAUUCGUUUGGAACAGCGAGUGCCAGAAAUCGUUCAGGCCCUUCAAGGAAGUACUCCAUCCGUAAUCGGUGCCUGCCUUCUACCCAGGUUCCCCGAUGGCUCACUCAAAGCUGUUGCACACGCUUCCCGCUCACUCACCCCCGCGGAGGUAAAUUACGGACAGAUCGAGAAGGAAGGUCUUGCACUGGUGUUUGUCGUAACGAAAUUCCAUCGGAUGCUGCUCGGACGCAAGUUCACCCUCCAGACGGAUCAUCAGCCACUCCUGCGGAUAUUCGGACAAAAGAAGGGUAUUCCGUUUGGAUAUGCCGACGUAAUGUCCCGCCUCAUCAACGGUUACGUCAAACCAGAGGAGGACUUCAUCAUCGCAUCGAUUCAACUGGAAGACGACAUCGAGAUUCCACUCCAGAAAGCCAUCAGUUCGCUGCCAGUUUCGUUCAAAUCGGUGCGCGGCGCUUCUCUCCAGUGCCCGUUUCUCCAACAAGUGAUCCAGUACAACCAGCGUAGAUGGCCCUCCAAAACCCUGAAGUUCGCCCUUUCUUCGCUCAUCGAGACGCUCUAUCGGUAG